AUGACAACCUUAACAUGUUUCUUCGUAUUGUUGUCGCUCUAUGUCACAGCCUAUGCCAGGAUUCACCCUUUGAUGCAUCAAACCCAAACCAACCCCAAAACCGAGCCCGUGAGCGCUGAUGUGAUUGAAAAGGCUUGUGCACAAUCUGCUGCGAAGGAUUUAUGCAUUUCAAGCCUUAAAACAGCCAGCACAGGUGGCGUGAACGACUUAAAACAGGCGGCCUGGGUGGCAAUCCAAGCGGCGUCAGGUGAGGCAACGGCCACUUCAGAGUUGAUAAAGGCCGCACGAAAGAGAGAAGAGAAUAAAGAGGUGGUGGAGGAUGGAAUAGAAGAGGAGACGUUGGCGGAUUGUAACAUGAGCUACAUUGCCCUUGUGGAAACUUUGGCCAAGGCCGCCAAGUCGUUGUCGGCCGGGCCGGGAACCGAUGCGUUAGGUGAUAUAAAGGCGGCAGUGACGACGGCGGAGACGUGUGACAAGAGUAUUGCAGGUGGGAGGAAAAGUCCCAUGGUGGAGGAAGUGGCUAAAAAGAAUGAAAUUGUUAGGAAGUUAUGCUCAAAUGCUUUGAGCGUUUAUAACGUCUAUGCGGCGGGACCUUGA